AUGGACUUAGUACUGAUGGUCUGCACUUGUAUCCUGAGCAUUCAUGUUGCCAAGGCUGACGGCACGGUGGGCAAGACUGGAGACGUAGUUUGCCAAACUGAUGGCUAUGAGCUAAUUGAGGCAAAGUUCGGGAAGGAAGUUCACACAUUAUGCUUACAAUUAAAGCCAAUUGGGACUUCACCUUUAACGAACCGCAACUCAGCCCUCUUCCUAGAACCUGACCCGGACGAAACCCCCAAGGAAUAUCAAGGGUUUCCGCUAUCUGAAAUUACCAUGGCAUACGGGUUUCCCGUAAAAGAUCCUGGCAGGGGAUCUGCUGAGGGCUAUAUAGGCGAAGACCAUCAGUUUUAUGGAGUUUUACACUUUGGCAACCGUACACUCCACGCCGAUCCUUAUGGCAAAGACGACCCUACCAAGUUCUUCGGUGCCUUCGAGAACGACAAUAUGGCGGCGCCUCGCUCUCGUCGCGAUCAUGCUCAGCCCCCUCAACGAUCCAUAUUUGCGCGCUCGGUGGGAUAUUUCCCAUUCAGUAUAGAAAAUCGUUCAAGAGUCCCCGGUGUAGCGCGGGCCAGAAUCUGUGACCUGCUCUUGCUUGCUGACAAGGAGUUCUUUGAAAAAGACGCUAAUUCCAGCCUAAAUCACGUGGUGCGAAGAAUGAUGCAUGCUAUCGCGCAAGCUGACAUCAUUUUCAGAAAUGCUGAUUUCAAUGAAGAUGGUGUUCCUGAUAAUAUCGGUUUUUCGGUCAAGUAUAUCCUGGUCCUGACUUCUACCGAGACGAAUAUGAGAGUAUUCGGCGACUUAUUGUCCACCAAGGCUAUCAACGGACGGAACUAUCUGAUGAGGUUCGCGCGGCUAAGACGCUUAUCGGAAGUAUGUCUUGGUGUGGCCUUUUCGGGACAUGCUUUUCAGAACAGAACUCUGGGUUUGAGUUUCACAUCACUGGGCGGUGGUAUGGGUGGAGCCGCCGGUGGUCUCUGCGACAGACGCGCUUACGGACGCUCCUUCAACACUUUGGCCAUAGCACACGCAACUACAGAAGACAAAGCCAGAGUGCCUGAGAGGAUUGCCGCACUGACGCUCGCUCAUGAAAUGGGCCACAGCUUUGGCGCACAUCAUGACGACAACUUCCCCAACCCAGAAUGCCGCGGCCACCUGAUGGGCUCACAGUCUUCAACGGCAGAGAAUGGCAUGAACUUUGAGUUUUCACUCUGCAGCAAGCGUUUAAUAGCAGCCACCCUGAGCAGUAUGAGCUACUGUCUUAUGGAAGAAGACAUACCGUAUUGUGGGAAUGGUAUAGUGGAAGAAGGAGAGGCUUGUGAUUGUGGUCUGCCUUCGCGUUGUGUGCAUAAAGAUCCCUGCUGUACUCCCAGAGGAGGGGGUGCUCUUAUUUAUAAAGAGGGUACUCUACACAAAGAGGGCUGCUCCGUGGCUCCCUUAGCGAUGUGCCACCCCUCUCAAGGUCUGUGCUGUACCCCCAAGUGCAUGCUGGCUGACCUCACUAAGAGUGGUAUUGACUGCAGAAUGCAAGACCAGGAUUGCAAUUGCGCUCGAGUUGACAGCGACUGUCGAUGUGGACUCGGAGGCAGAUGCCUGCCAGAUGGCACCUGUCAUGCUGCCGAGUGUGCAAGGCUGGGCUUGAAAGAAUGCCAGUGCGUUAAAGGCAAAGUCCCCGAUAUACUAACCGAGAUGGGCAUGUGCGGCAUAUGUUGCGUACUGCCGGGCAAUGCUGAGGACAGCACGGAGUCGCGGUGUGUUACGGCACAAACAGCGGCUCUGGAGACGAUUGCUGCAGCUAAGGUCCCAUUCCCGCGCGAUUGGCCCGACCCGGAUUACCGCGGGCCGAACGUUUCGAUAAAUAUAUGUACCGGUCCUGACGUCUGUAACAUGACGUAUCUGCGCGCUUGGUCACCGGGCAGCGUCUGCGUGACACGAAACAUGGUUGGUGUCUGCUCACCGAACGGCCUCUGCAAAAUGGACUACAUCGUACCACGCUCCAAUGUAUAUCCAGACAUCAUGAAUGUAAAAUUAAAGUCCUCCAACAAAUGCUGCGAGAUCCUGAAGCCGGUUUCAUUAAUAUUCAUUUCGAUAUGGCUAUUGUCCUGGCUAAUAAAAUAA